AUGGCUUCCAAGGCUGUCGCAAAGGCCGCUGGAGGUCUCAUGGCCAUCAGCACGAAACAAACCCUCCAGUCCGUCGGCGUCUGGGAGCGCCUCCGCAAGGCCCUCGCCAUCGACCCCAACCGGUCCAACGGCGUGCCCCUGAACCCCUACUUCCGCUACCCGACCCCGGGCCAGCUCGACCCCAUGUCCUACGACGACCCCGUCACCGUGCCCGCCGGCGACAUCGCCGACAACCCCUACUGGAAGCGCGACGCCCGCCGCAGCUACGCCGCCCUCAGCGUCGUGCGCCAGGCCGACGCCGUCGCCCUGCUGAGCGUCGGCAGCGCCGCGCAGCCCAAGGCCGAGCUCGUCGGCGAGGCCGGGUCCAGGGCCCUCGUCACCGCCGAGCACGAGGGCCGCGAGAAAGGGCUGGCCGCCUUCUUUGAGAGCCGGAGCCCCGCCGCCGUGGCCGAGGACGUGCUGCCCGGCGGCCUGCCGCCCCUGCCCAGCGGGGACAGCAAGGCCAGCGGGGAGUGGAAGGUGCACGAGUACGGGCUGGCGGAGGAGGCCUCAUACCCGGACGAUGAUUCUACGUCCUUGGAAAUCGUCUAUGCAGAUGAGAUGCAGAUGCUCCUCCCAAUGGGCAACUAA